AUGGACGUGUCAAGCUCUUCUGCCGCGACCUUGACGCGACCCAGGGUCGUCAUCCAGGUCCUUGCCGGAGUCACCGGCGUCUUCAUCGCCUGGCAAUUCUGGCAGCAGUUUCGCCUGCAGUCUCUGACCUCAAACCCAGCUUCAUCUUCAGCUUCGGGCCCCGCCUCUGUCGGCGGCAAUGGUCUGCACAGGAGCAACGCCGUCCGGAGGACAGACCGGAGCACAAGACGACAGAUCCAGGCCGCAUUGGAUGAUGUUGAGCAUCGCCUCGGAUCUGAAGAGAGGAGACAGAUUGAGGACAUUCUCACCCAUCACUUCGGCAGACAGCUUGCCGACCACGGCGGCGCAGUCCCCGCGGCCGACGACUCAGAAUCCCCCGACCACGACACACAUCACGAUGAAAAUGCCGAAAACACAAACUCCCGCCCACCAGCGACCUCUGGCGAUAUUGGAGGUGAAACCGAGACCGUGGCUGGCGAGGAGCGUACAAUGGAAGACGACUGGGCCCAUGAUGAUUCGUGGAACAUACCACCGCCAAGAGCAGGACACAAUAUAGUGGGCCUGCUCUUCAGGGUCUCCGAGGACAACGCUCGACGAAACGCCUACGUCCACCGAGGGUGCAUGUGCAACGCAUGUGGGCUCCUACCCAUCCGCGGCAUCCGCUACCGAUGCGCAAACUGCGCCGACUUCGACCUCUGCGAGACGUGCGAGUCACAGGGCUUGCACAUCAAAACACACGUGUUUUACAAGGUCAAGGUCCCCGCCCCUCCAUUUGGCCCCAAGUCCAUGCAGCCCGUCUGGUACCCUGGUGACCCAGACACGGCUCUGAGGAACUUGCCCGGUGCUCUGAUCAGGCAUCUGGCAAAGGAAACGGGCUUUGAGCGGCCAGAGCUGGAAGCCUUGUGGGAACAAUGGACAUUCAUCGCCAACACGGAAUGGAGGGAUGACCCGGAUGAGUUGUUCCUGGCCGCUGAUAGGAAGACUUUCGAGAGAUACCUCGUGCCGUCAAGUGGGCACAGAAGGACUGCCCCGAACCUCAUCCACGACCGCAUGUUUGCCUUCUACGACACCAAUGGCGAUGACCUGAUCAGCUUCCCGGAGUUUUUGAUGGGCUUGUCCUACAAAAAGGGCAAGCAGAGGCUCGAGCGAAUCUUCAAGGGCUACGAUGUUGAUGGAGACGGUUUCAUAUCUCGACGAGACUGCUUGCGCAUAUUCCGGACUUAUUAUGUCCUCUACAAGCACAUGCACGGUGAUGUUCUCGAGGGCCUGGACCAGCAGGUCAUGAACAACACCGAGACUCAGCAGCUGGUAACAGGAAGACAGCCACUCAGCAGUCACUUUGGUCGCGAGGGUAGGGUUCCAGAAGCUGAUCACGGUCGUCCCAUGGAAGGCAAGAUCUUUCACAGCAACGGAGAUGUCUGGGUCGGCGACAAGAAUGGUGUCGUAAGCGAGACGAGACCAGAUGUUGGGGACCGGGGCGAGAUUCUGUCGAGUCUUUUCAAUCAUGCCGGCCCAAGCGACGAUGUAUACGGUAGCAGGUUCUUUACGCAUGCUUCUGAACACGUCACGUCGCCCACGGGAGAUGAAGACGUUUCACGCAUCUACCACGAGGCUCUCUUGAACCCUCCCACACGAGUCGAAGAGCUUGUGUCUCUCCUGCACGGCGAACCGCGCAACAUACAUCCAAGCGAGCUUGGACCUGUCGACCAGGAAGAACAACAGGAUGGAGAAGAGAAUGGCGAAGAGAACGUGCCAAGCGAGGAAGAGACGUCGGCAGAAGAAGAGGAGUCGGCAACAGAGGAUGCUAGUCGGCCCAUCGAAUACUUCACAUCUUUCGCAGACGCUUCCCGCGGCAGCAGCUCUGCCCCUCAAGUGGUUAGAGAAGUUGGUAACGAGCGAUGGACCAACCGACCACCAACUGAUAGCCAGCUACGUGCCCAGCACCUCCGUCUGGAGGCUCACAAAAAGCGAACGAUGGAUAGAAAGCUCCGAGUCACAGUGAGGAAGAAGCUGUUUGACAGAUGGAAGAAGCGCAACUUUUACCUAGCUGAAGAAGAGGGCACCUCUCCGCCUGAGGGAUGGAAUGAAGAAGACGACGUCCUCGCGGACAUAAAUGGUAACGAGGUGGCGGGGAGCUCAAAGGAGGCACAACCCCCACUGUCUGCUCGAUCACGGUCGUCUUCGAAGGUCCGCUUUGCCGAAGACACAGACGACUACGAGAUCAGAUCCAAUCCCUCGACAUCCUCCAGGAGUGUCCCAGAGCGAUGGGGUGGCAUGGACAUACCUGAUGCUGAGAGGGACAUGGGCAAGGAGAUCCUCUACGUCGUCACACAGCAGGCGUUCAAUGAGCUUCUUGAUGUUCUCUUCAAAGAAAAGGAAGACCUCGCCGUCAAAGCUGCGGAAACCAGGGAAUACCGGGACGCAUACCGUGAAUUGCUCAAUUCCUUUAUCAAAGACAAGGCCAAGGGCUCAUCGCAACAUCAAGAUGAGAACGGCAAUGGGAAUGAGGAAAACAAGGAGAAGGACAAGGGGAAAGAGAAAGAGCACGAAAGCGAGACCGAGAAGAUCACAGUCAUCCAAGUUGACGAGAAGAAGCCGAUCCACAAUAGAACCCUGGACGAGCUGCUCGCCACCUCUGGAUACACUGUUGAUGAGACACUGGCUCUCGAGGCUGAAGAAGACGAGGAAGACACCUCUUCUGAGGACGAAGACUCCGUCGACGCGACGUUGACAGCUGAGGAGCCAGAGCCCAUCACGAUCCACACUUCCUACCGUGACCCGACUAUGCCUCAGUUCCGACCCAACAGCGAUUCCGACGUCCCGCCACCAAGUCCAGCGACGGCACCAACUUAUACUCCCAAGCCAGCCCUCAAGCGCAGGCCAGACAAGCUCAAGGGCAUCAACGGUAGCGCCAACGGCAAGCCUGCCCGGCCUGGCCAGAAGGUGGGCAAGCCGCUGACCAGGCCGCCCGAGGCGGCGCUGGUGGAGUGGCGUAAGCACGACGCGGCCGAGAAGGAGGCCAAGGCCCGCGGUGGUUGGGGCCGGCUGGACCUAGCCGAGUUCAAGGACAUCUGGCAUCGCGAGGAGAGCGGGCCGCACCGGCUUGACUAUAUGGGGACAUGGAUCGACUUCUGUAUACCUUAG